GCUGUAUUCCGGGAGACACGUCGAACUUAAGAUCAUGACGGCCAUUGAACCGGAGACUCUACUAGAGUACCUCAUCAUCGAAUACCGGUGGCUGCUGGUGAUAACUACAUUGAUGCCCCUCUCGUUCCUCUGGAAGAUCUGGUCCUUCAUCAGGAAUUACGUCGUCUUCAAGCUGAACAGCGCCCCGCGAGCUCAUGAUCGAAAAGUGAAAGAAGUUCAAACACAGGUAAAAUUAUGGCUGAGUGGCGACCGGAGUACUAAACUGUGUACAGCUAGGCCGGCCUGGCAGACCAUGUCGUUCAGACGAGGGCUCUACAAGAACACGUUUACGAAUAUCCACAUCAAUCUGGUUGAUAUUCUUGAAGUCGACAUUCAUAAUAUGACGGUACGCUGUGAACCUCUAGUAACAAUGGCUCAGGUGUCUAAAACUUUGGAGCCCCUGGGUUUAGCCCUUGCUGUUGUACCAGAACUGGACCAACUAACAGUUGGAGGCUUAGUGAUGGGAACUGGUGUGGAAACUUCAUCACAUGUGCAUGGACUGUUCCAGCAUACAUGCCUGAAGUACGAACUGGUGUUAGCUGAUGGUUCUGUGGUCACUUGUAGUCAGGACCAGAAUCCGGAUCUGUACUAUGCUGUACCCUGGUCGUACGGGACAUUAGGAUUUUUAACAUCUGUUACUAUUAAAAUCGUCCCAGCUAAGAAGUUCGUCCGUUUGCAGUAUCACCCGCACACGAAUCUGCAAGAACUGUCGAAACAAUUCAGAGAAGAAUCUGAGAAAGUGAAACCACACCAGUUUAUAGAGGCCUUGUUGUUCAGCAAGGAUAGUGGUGUGAUCAUGACCGGUGAUUUGGUUGAUGAGAUCGGUGAUGACGGGAAGUACAAUCCCAUCGGAAAAUGGUACUCAAAAUGGUUUUUUACUCAAGUGAAGCGGCACUUAGAUUGCUAUAGACAAGGAGAGAAGUUAACCCCUGUAGAAUAUAUACCUCUUCGAGAUUACUACCACAGACACACUAGAAGCUUCUUCUGGGAGUUGCAGGAUAUUAUUCCCUUUGGUAACAACCCAUUAUUCCGGCUUCUGUUCGGUUGGCUGAUGCCUCCAGAGGUUUCACUCUUGAAACUUACCCAGCCAGAAGCAGUCACCAAGCUAUACAACAAAGCCCAUGUCAUUCAAGAUAUGCUGGUGCCAAUUAAGGCCCUGGAAAGUGCUGUACAGCUGUUCCAUAAGGAGUUUGAGGUUUACCCAAUUUGGUUAUGUCCCUUCAAAGUGUUCAAUGUACCCGGGCAGCUGAAGAUUCAUUCUGGUGACUGGCAAAUGUUUGUUGAUAUUGGAGUGUACGGCGUCCCGAAGGCUCAAGGAUUUGAAACGGUGUCAUCAACAAGGCGCAUAGAACACUUCGUAACGGAGCAGAAAGGUUUUCAAAUGUUGUACGCAGACACGUUCACAACUCGAGAAGAGUUCAGGAGAAUGUUUGACCACACACUUUACGACAAGCUGAGAGAUAGCCUCCCUUACUGCAAGGAAGCGUUUCCAGAAAUAUACGGAAAAGUGUGCUUAGUUCAAUUCCUGGUGUGGCAUAUUUAAUACUGCUCCGAAUGUACAAUGUACAGUCUGUUAAGAUGUGAUAAGGUAAGAUACCAUACAAACCUCAUAUUGUUGUAAUACUUCGGUUGUAGUGACGAUCAAAUGAAUAAAUAUACCUC